AUGGAGGACCUACAGAAGCCGGCGUUUAGCGGGUCGCCCGAUGAUGCGGACGCGCUCGCGCGCCUCGGCCACAAGCAGGAGCUCACGCGCAACUUUUCGAAGCUGUCGAUGUUGGGCCUGGCCUUUGCCAUUCUCAACAGCUGGACGGCCCUAUCGACGUCGCUGAACCUGGCCCUGACCUCGGGCGGCCCAACAGCGGUGAUCUGGGGCCUGAUGACGGCCGGUGUGUGCAACCUCUGUCUAGCGGCCUCGCUGGCCGAGUUUCUCUCGGCUUGGCCGACGGCUGGUGGCCAGUAUCACUGGGCUGCCCAGGUCAGCUGGCCGCGCGCCUCUCGCAUCAUCAGCUUCGCCACCGGCUGGAUCAACGUGGGCGCCUGGGUCUGCCUCACGGCCAGCGGCGGCCUGCUCGGCAGCACGCUCAUCAUCGACAUCAUCGCGCUGAUGCACGAAGACUAUGUGUACCACGCCUGGCACCAAUUCCUCAUCUACAUCGCCUUCACCCUCGGCUCCUUUUUCAUCAAUGCCUUCUCCAGCCGGCUGCUGCCGCUCUUCACCAAGGCUGCCUUCCUCUGGUCCGUUGCCGGCUUUGUCAUCAUCAGCAUCACCGUCCUCGCCUGUGCCUCGCCCAACUACCAGUCGGGCGAGUUUGUCUAUGGCAAGUUCAUCAACGAGGUCGGCUGGCCCGACGGCUUCUCCUGGCUGCUUGGCCUGCUGCAGGGCGCCUUUGCCCUCACCGGCUUCGACGGUGUCAUCCACAUGAUCGAGGAGAUCCCCAACCCGACGCGCGAGGGCCCCAAAAUCAUGCUCUACAGCAUCGGCAUCGGCAUGUUUACCGGCUGGGUCUUCCUCAGCUGCAUCCUCUUUGUCAUCACUGACGUCGACGCGGUCAACAGCAACGCGGCCGGUCCGCUGCUGACGGCCAUCUACCAGGCCACCAACAACAAGGCCGGCUCGAUUUGCCUGCUGAUGUUCCCGCUCAUCUGCAUGGUCUUCACCUCGGUCACGCUGAUGACGACGAGCAGCCGGAUGAGCUACGCCUUUGCCCGCGAUCGCGGCCUGCCCUUCAGCAGCUUCUUCGCCCAGAUCCACCCGCGGCUGCACGUGCCCGUCAAUGCCAUGCUCUGGACAUCGGUCUGGGUCAUCAUCUUCGGCUGCGUCUUCCUCGGAUCCACCAGCGCCUUCAACGCUAUCGUAUCGGCCAGCGUCGUCUGCCUCGGCAUCACCUAUGCCAUCCCACCCACCAUCCACUGUCUCCGUGGCCGCAACCUGCUGCCCGAAUCUCGUCCCUUCAAGCUCAAGGGCGCGCUCGGCUGGACCCUCAACAUGGUCGGCAUCCUCUGGACCGUCCUGACCACUGUCCUCUUCUUCUUCCCGCCCGAGCACCCGACUACGGCCGACAACAUGAACUACAGCAUUGUCGCCUUUGGCAUCAUCCUGGUCAUCGCUGCCGGCCAGUGGAUCGUCGACGGCCACAAGAACUACACCGGCCCCGUUGCCGAUGUCGACAUGGCCACGUAUGGCCAGGCCCACGACGAGCCGUCGGAUGGGAGCUCUGCGGCAGCCGAGGAAUCCAAGAAGGCCGAGUAG